AGUUAUUUCAGCCCCCCCCAGCCCCCCGGACACUUCCGACUCGGCGCAUUUGGGAUGAAUGUUAUCUUUGUUUGUUUGUUUUUUCACGGAGUAAUAUGAUAUCCUUUAUUUGUCCCACAUUGGGGACAUUUACAGUCUCGCUCUUCUUGGACCCCCUGCGGAGAUUUUUCAUCAGCGCGGGAGCGGCGAGAUAAAGACCCAAGGCGAAAAUGAAGCCGAGGUGAGCUGCGUUCCUCCUCCUGCUCCUCCUGCUCCUGCUCCUGUUCGACUCUUCGGCCAUUCAAGCGUGUGAAAAGGAAACCGGGCACAAAGCAACAAAAUGUUCAGCGCUGGCCUCAGUCCGCUCGUCUGCGCCGUCUUUCUGCUGCAGCUGCCGGUUUCAUGCCAGCAAGUCCCGUCCAACUGCGUCAUCAAGAGGGACCAGGAGAAAUGCUCCGAGAUGAUGGCCUUGGACCAGAGCGGCGAGGAUUCCCAAUUCGGGUGUCCGUGGAUGUGGGACAACCUGACGUGUUGGCGCCCGGCCAGGGUCGGCGAUGUGGUCCUGGUCAACUGUCCUGAACUCUUCUCGCAGUUCAUGAGCGAAGACGACGACGAGGUGGGCAAGGUCAGUCGCAACUGCACCGAGUUUGGCUGGUCAGAGACGUUUCCUCACUACAUUGACGCUUGCUUCUAUGAAGAAGGCAACAACACUCAUCCGCAGGACAUGUACUACGCGUCGGUGAAGGCCCUCUACACGGUCGGCUACAGUACAUCUUUGGUGACGCUCACCACAGCCAUGAUCAUCUUGUGCAGGUUCAGGAAGCUACGCUGCACCAGGAACUUCAUCCACAUGAACCUGUUUGUGUCGUUCAUCUUGCGAGCUAUUUCCGUCUUCAUCAAAGACGGCGUGCUGUACGCCGAGGAGGACAGCGAGCACUGCUUCGUCCGGACCUUGGAAUGCCGGGCGGUGGUGGUAUUCUUCCAUUACUGCGUCCUCUCCAACUAUUUGUGGCUGUUCAUCGAGGGCCUUUAUCUCUUCACGUUAUUGGUGGAGACCUUCUUCCCCGAGAAGCGAUACUUCUACUGGUACAUCGUCAUCGGCUGGGGAACGCCGACCUUGUGCGUCACCGUCUGGGCGGCGCUGAGGCUGCGUUUUGAUGACAUCGGGUGUUGGGACACCAACGACGACGCCGCCAUCUGGUGGGUGAUCAAGGGGCCCGUGCUGGCUUCCAUUAUGAUCAACUUUGUCCUGUUUAUCGGCAUCAUCGUCAUCCUGGUCCAGAAACUGCAGUCGCCGGAUAUCGGAGGAAAUGAAUCCAGCAUUUACCUGAGGUUGGCGCGCUCCACUCUGCUGCUCAUUCCUCUCUUUGGGAUCCACUACACCGUGUUCGCCUUCUCUCCCGAGAACGUUAGCAAGAGGGAGCGUCUGGUAUUCGAGCUCGGCUUGGGAUCCUUUCAGGGCUUCGUGGUGGCCGUCCUCUACUGCUUCCUGAACGGAGAGGUGCAAUCGGAGAUCAAGAGGAAAUGGCGCAGCUGGACGGUGAACAGGUACUUUGCUGCGGACAUGAAGCAGCGGCACCCUUCGCUCGCCAGCAGCGGAGCCAACGGGGGCACGCAGCUGUCCAUCCUCAGCAAGAGCAGCUCGCAGAUACGCAUGUCCGGUCCGCAGGCCGAGACCCCCGUCACCUGAGCCGCCGCGCGGCCCCCGACGACCCUUUGGUCAGUCC